CCAGAUUCUUCUUACAAACAAAAAAUGCCGCUCCUCUUCCUUUUUCCCUCUCACUAGAUUUUUCCUUUCUUCAAUCGCCGCCGCCGUCGUCGUCGCCGGCGCCGCUUAAUCUCGUCGUCUCAUCGCCGCGAUCCAGUAGAAGCUCCCAAGAGAGAUAUCAGCAACUCCUUCCGUCGCUACAAGCGUUCAUUCAGGAUUUCUCUAGCCAGAAAAAAUGCAGAGGCCUCCUCCAGAAGACUUCUCCUUAAAGGAGACGAAGCCACAUCUUGGUGGUGGGAAAUUCACUGGUGAUAAGCUUACAAGCACGUAUGACUUAGUUGAACAGAUGCAAUAUCUCUACGUUCGUGUUGUCAAAGCUAAGGAUUUACCAGGUAAGGAUGUAACUGGAAGUUGUGAUCCUUAUGUAGAAGUUAAGCUUGGAAAUUACAAGGGGACUACUCGUCAUUUCGAGAAGAAGAGCAAUCCCGAAUGGAAUCAAGUCUUUGCUUUCUCUAAAGACCGUCUUCAAGCUUCAAUGCUCGAGGUUUCGGUUAAGGAUAAGGAUUUUGUUAAGGAUGAUUUCAUGGGGAGGGUUUUGUUUGAUCUUAAUGAGGUUCCAAAGAGGGUUCCUCCAGAUAGUCCAUUGGCUCCACAAUGGUAUAGGUUAGAAGAUAGGAAUGGGAAUAAGGUUAAAGGAGGAGAGCUCAUGUUAGCUGUUUGGAUGGGGACUCAAGCUGACGAAGCAUUCCCUGAAGCUUGGCAUUCUGAUGCCGCGACAGUUAGUGGCGUUGAUGGGCUUGCGAAUAUUCGAUCUAAGGUUUAUCUUUCCCCUAAACUAUGGUACUUGAGGGUGAACAUCAUCGAAGCUCAGGAUCUUGUACCGGGCGAUAAGACUCGGUUUCCAGAAGUUUUCGUGAAAGCAGUUCUUGGAAACCAGGCUUUGAGAACGAGGAUUUCCACUAGCAAGACGAUCAACCCGAUGUGGAAUGAGGAUUUGAUGUUUGUAGCUGCUGAGCCGUUCGAUGACCAUUUGAUUUUAAGUGUUGAGGAUAGAAUCGCCCCGAAUAAGGAAGAAAUUUUGGGGAGAUGCGCGAUUCCUCUGCAGUAUAUCGAAAGGCGGUUAGAUCAUAAGCCUCUCAACUCCAAGUGGUAUAAUGUGGAGAAGCAUGUUGUGAUCGGGGAAGGUGACAAGAAGAAGGAAGUCAAAUUUUCGAGUCGAAUUCACAUGAGAAUUUGUUUGGAAGGCGGUUAUCACGUUUUGGACGAGUCGACCCAUUAUAGCAGUGAUCUAAGGGCUACUGCAAAACAACUUUGGAAGUCCAACAUAGGAGUUCUCGAACUGGGUAUUCUAAGCGCUGUCGGAUUGUCUCCCAUGAAGACGAAAGAUAAUCGAGCGACCACGGACGCGUAUUGCGUAGCAAAAUACGGGCAGAAGUGGGUGCGAACGAGGACUAUCAUUGACAACUUCACCCCUAGAUGGAACGAGCAAUACACUUGGGAGGUUUUCGAUCCCUGCACUGUUAUAACCAUCGGUGUGUUCGAUAACUGUCAUCUACAUGGAGGAGGAGACAAGAACGGCGGUGCGAGAGAUUCGAAGAUCGGGAAGGUCAGGAUUCGGCUCUCCACGCUUGAGACUGAUCGGGUCUACACUCAUUCGUACCCUCUACUAGUGUUGCAUCCUUCCGGGGUGAAGAAAAUGGGGGAAAUUCAGUUGGCGAUGAGAUUCACUUGCUCAUCGUUACUCAACAUGAUGCAUAUGUACUCGAUGCCGUUGCUGCCUAAAAUGCAUUACAUUCACCCGUUGACUAUAAGUCAGCUCGAUAACUUGAGGCAUCAGGCGACUCAGAUCGUUUCGAUGAGGCUGAGCCGAGCCGAACCCCCGUUGAGGAAAGAGGUGGUGGAGUAUAUGCUGGACGUGGGGUCUCACAUGUGGAGUAUGAGGAGGAGCAAGGCGAAUUUUUUCCGUAUAAUGGGAGUUCUAAGCGGGAUAGUUGCGGUUGGGAGAUGGUUCGAUCAGAUAUGUAACUGGAAGAACCCGAUCACGACGGUUCUGAUUCAUAUCCUGUUUCUGAUACUGGUUCUUUACCCGGAGCUGAUUUUGCCCACGAUUUUCCUUUACCUAUUCUUGAUCGGAAUCUGGUACUACAGGUGGAGGCCAAGACAUCCUCCGCAUAUGGACACGCGAUUGUCGUGUGCGGAUAAUGCUCAUCCGGACGAGCUCGAUGAGGAGUUCGACACUUUUCCGACUUCUCGGCCGAACGAAAUUGUUCGGAUGAGGUACGAUAGGUUGAGGAGUAUAGCAGGUAGGAUUCAGACUGUGGUGGGGGAUUUAGCUACGCAGGGGGAGAGGUUUCAGUCAUUGCUGAGCUGGCGAGACCCGAGGGCAACGUCCCUGUUUGUGAUAUUUUGUUUGAUUGCGGCUGUGGUUCUGUAUGUGACGCCGUUCCAGGUGGUGGCGCUUCUGACGGGGUUCUAUGUUUUGAGACAUCCGAGGUUUCGUCAUAAGCUGCCUUCGGUUCCUCUUAAUUUCUUUAGGAGGUUGCCGGCUCGGAACGAUUGUAUGCUGUGACUUGCGAGAUGUCUCCUCUUCUCUUCUCUAUAUUUGGUUGUAGAGACUGCUGCAGGACUUAAAAAGGAACUUGGGUUGUGAAUGUUUGUUUGGUCAUGUACUCAUGUUGUGCUUGUGUCUGUAAUAUCUUUGUUCUCUAUCUUAUGUUGUUUAGGAUUAUUUUGUCAAUGUGACUGAUUUGGAUAUUAGUUAAUUGACCCGGCCUAUUUCUGUCAAAA